CCAGAUGAAGCUAGUCUACCCGCUCCUUUGUAACUCUCUAUGGUUAGACGUCUCUCGCUUUUAUCAGUAAACAUCCUGCGGAUUUGAAUGUGCGCUUUGGGCGGCAGGAAGGGGCCGAGGUCGCCAUCUUGUUGGUUGGAGUGAGCCUGGAGGAGGGGAAACCGAACUGCGGCCGGAGGUGGAGGAGGGGGACCAAGGCACGGCGGUUUAUCCCCGGUUUUUAAAGAGAGAGAAAAAUGUUUUACGCUCACUUUGUCCUCAGUAAGCGUGGGCCGCUGGCCAAAAUCUGGCUAGCGGCCCACUGGGACAAGAAGUUAACCAAAGCCCAUGUGUUUGAGUGCAAUCUAGAGAGCAGUGUGGAGAGUAUUAUUUCCCCCAAGGUGAAAAUGGCUCUGCGGACCUCCGGGCACCUUCUCUUGGGAGUUGUAAGAAUCUACCAUCGGAAAGCAAAGUACCUGCUGGCUGACUGCAAUGAAGCUUUCAUUAAAAUCAAGAUGGCUUUCCGCCCUGGUGUUGUGGAUUUACCCGAGGAAAACAGAGAGGCUGCAUACAAUGCCAUCACUCUGCCUGAGGAGUUCCAUGACUUUGACCAGCCGCUACCAGAUCUUGAUGACAUUGAUGUGGCUCAGCAGUUUAGCUUGAACCAAAGUCGAGUUGAGGAGAUCACAAUGAGGGAAGAAGUUAGCAACAUUAAUAUCCUGCAAGAUAAUGAUUUUGGUGACUUUGGCAUGGACGACCGAGAGAUGAUGCGGGAAGGCAGCGCUUUUGAAGAUGACAUGUUGACAACCAGCGCUUCCAACCUGUUGCUGGAGCCUGAGCAGAGUACCAGUCAGCUAAACGAGAAGAGUAACCAUCUGGAAUAUGACGACCAGUACAAAGAUGACAACUUUGGAGAGGGGAAUGAUGGAGGCAUACUAGAUGACAAACUUCUAAGCAAUGAUGCAGGGGGAAUAUUUGACGACCCUCCUGCCAUGCCUGAAGAAGGUGUUGCAAUGCCCGAGCAGCCUGUUCAUGACGAUUUGGAUGAUGAUGACAAUGUUUCAAUGGGGGCACCAGAUAGUCCGGAUUCUGUGGAUCCUGUGGAGCCACUCCCAACCAUGACUGAUCAAACAACCCUGGUUCCCAAUGAAGAAGAAGCAUUUGCCCUGGAGCCCAUUGAUAUUACAGUCAAGGAGACCAAGGCAAAAAGGAAGAGGAAACUGAUUGUGGACAGUGUUAAAGAGUUGGAUAGCAAGACCAUUCGUGCCCAACUCAGCGAUUACUCUGACAUUGUUACAACACUGGAUUUGGCUCCUCCUACAAAGAAGCUGAUGAUGUGGAAGGAGACUGGCGGUGUGGAGAAACUGUUUUCAUUGCCUGCACAACCAUUAUGGAACAGCCGGUUACUUAAGCUGUUUACACGCUGUCUUACACCACUUGUCCCUGAAGAUCUCAAAAAGCGAAGGAAAGGGGGUGAAGCAGAUAACCUUGAUGAAUUCCUCAAGGAGUUUGAGAAUCCAGAAGUUCCAAGAGAAGAACUGCGCCCUCAAGAUGUUAUUGAUCAACCCAUUUUGGAAGAAGCUAGUCGCCUGCAGGAGUCACUGAUGGAGGGUAGUCGAACUCACCUGGAUGAGACCAUAAUGCCUCCCCCUCCACCUCAACAAGGAGUGAAACGUGAUUCCCUGCAAAUGGAACCAGAGCCAGUGCCUGUGAUGCAGGAAACAGAACCACACAUUGAAAUGCCACCACCUCCACUUCCUCCUCCAGUGGAGCUUCCAUCAGAAGUCUCAGAGACUCCAAACAUCAACGACUUAAUCCCCGAGUUGAAUCUCCUGCCUGAAAAGGAGAAGGAAAAAGAUGAGGAAGAGGAGGAAGAGGAGGAAGAUGCCACAGGGACUGAGCAGGAUCAAGAGGAGAGGCGGUGGAAUAAGAGAACACAGCAGAUGCUGCAUGGUCUUCAGCGAGUUCUUGCUAAGACUGGAGCUGAAUCCAUCAGUUUGCUCGACCUGUGCAGAAACACAAACCGAAAGCAAGCAGCUGCCAAAUUCUACAGCUUUCUGGUUCUUAAAAAGCAGCAAGCUAUAGAAUUGACCCAGGCGGAGCCUUACAGCGAUAUCAUUGCCACCCCAGGACCCAGGUUCCACAUAGUUUGACCAAUGAACAUCAGCCUUGCUGGAGCGGCUAGCAGGAACGUGAAUGAGCUGUGUAAUAUAUGCUUCACCAACACCAAACUGGUUAAAUCCAUAUACUGUUGGUAGUUUCCCCCCUCCCCUGGCUAAUGGUUUUGGUUGUUUUAAUACAUGUACAAAGUUUGUCUUUUUAUUUACCUUAAGUAUAUUUUUAUGGGCUAUAAUUGUGGGGUGGGUUGGUUUUAUUUCUAACAUUCAGUACUAGAAUCUGAAACCUUGGAGUAUAAAAGCGUUGCUUGGCUCUAAAAACCAAUGAGAGCACUUUCACCACAGUUGUGUGCAAUAUUAUACCCAAGCGUUACUUUAUUCCAGAACCACAGUUUGGCGCUAUUCGUACCAUUCAAUUACUGUCUUAGCUUGAUCUUAAACAGUCAUUCUUUUUCUUCCCGGGGCUUGUUUUUAUUUCUUUUCUUUUACUUGAGAGCUAAAAUAUUAAACAUUUUUAUAUUUUGUCCACUUUUGUAUCUAAAAUUUAAAAAAUGAAAAGAUACUUGUGUUUGGCUUAUUAAAUACCCACUGGAAAAAAAGUUUUUUAACCCAACCUACUGCAUCAGGGAAGGUAUAAUGACUGGGGCUCCCUCCAUAAAUAUUAUCGCUGACCUGAAAACCCUGGGCUGGUUCUCUUGUUGGCUGAAAACGGCACCAGUUCGGGAUAGUAAUGUAUGAGCAUCACGCCACCAUCUUCUUCUUGGGUGUUUUCCAUGGGCUGGGCCACGUGUGCGCACACAGCCUGGGGCCACAGAGAAGAUUAAACAAAUAGAAGAUCAGUAAGUGACACUCUUACAGAAGGAACCCCUGGACUGGUGCCGUUUUCAGCAAACAGGAUCCCACUGGGGAUCUAACAUUUGGCAUCCCUUUCCUUCUCCUUUAGGUGCAGGCAAAAUGCUAAAUCCCAUUUUAUCUUUAUCUGGUUCUUAAUUCCCAAAUACUUCAUUUACUUGUCUUUUAGGAACCCCUCAUUUUAAUGCUAAAAAAAAAAUUCUCUCUCUCUGCUUUUCUUUCCAUGUUUUCCUUUUUGUUCCUAUUUAUAGUAGUAAAUGUAAAAUGUGUAAAUAUAUAAACCUUUGGAUGUUUAAUACAUUAAAGAAGCGCUAUAUAAGAGCAGCCGUUAUCUUGUCUUAUUCAUAGAAUCAAAGUAUGAACCCCCAAAGAAAUGUUAAAAAAAAAAAUAAUAAACCACGGCAGUUGAACCCCAGGAAAUGUGCAGCUUGCAGAGUACAAAAGCAAUUGUUAAUUAGGAGCGAGCUGUGGAAUGCACAAGGGUUCUCCACAACUGGCCUUUAAAGGGUUCAUUCACAUUCCAAACACAAGUUCAAAUUCUUUAAAGUUCCGCCCUCUUGUGUUUCCUAGGUGCAGGGAGCGGGGGCAUUUGUUCAUGCAUUUGUUAGGGGCAGCUUUAGGCCCUACUGAGCAUGCUCCCAGGAAUAAACUGAAGCACAUUUAUAGGCGGAAGGAUAGAUAAUAACCAGAAGCCAAUAGCUGCCUCUUGUAAUCGUGCACAGAGCAAUCAUGGCCUGUAUAUUUACAUAUUCUGCAGCUUCCUAAAUGCCCCGUAUGUCGCUCCUUUCUUUCUCACCUCUUUUCAUUGCAGAUAUGUUUGUUUUCUCUCCUCCCUGCCGUAUGCAUUCGCUCAGUGUUCUGACUUGGCAUGAAGUAAUACUGCACACUCCUGUCCGUGAAACAAGGUUUUCUUUGGUUUAAACUACCAACAUUUCACUCCCAAAUUCUGUCUUUUACCAACCAUGUUUUAGUCUCCAUAUAGGGUGGACUUUGAUUAACACUUUAAAGAAGAACUAAGGCCCCUUCCUCUGCCCCAUUCCCUGUACCAACUCUGCAGAUUCUUUUACAUGGAAAAGCAUCCCUUGGCAUAGAUGCAGAGGAGUUCACAGGCGCCAUCUUCUGAAUCUUCGGAUCCUCUUUGCUGAUGGACGGAGCUCAGAUGUAGGCAAAAUGAUAAUAGAAAAUGAAGAUCCAAAGAAAACCCCUGCACAAUCGGCUGCACAGCUUGCCAUCUAUAUGCUUUUCCAUGUAAUAGACUCUGUGGGGAGGGAGGGCAGCAGAAGGGGGGGCUUUUGUCUGUGGCAGGGUUUACUUCUCCUUUAAUGCCAUCUUCAGACUAAGGCGCGUAGUCUUAGGGUUAAUAGUAACCAUUUUAUCACCAAACAUCUCGUUUCUGUAAACUGCUUAAUCAAGAAGGUCAACUUGGAAACGAGACGUGGUUACUUGUGUUUCUACGCCAUUCAUCAUAGGUCGGCUUUGGUUUAAUCAUGGUAAUAUAAACCCCCCUAACCCCCCCAGGAACUCUCCUCCUCUGCAAGUCUUAUUUUCUUUAUAACGUGCCUGGGAAAGCCAGUCCCCCUUUGUAUAAAGAGCUAUUGUAGAUAAGUUGGAUGUUUUAAUAGAGAGAAUCUGUUUUUCAUGUUAUGCAUUUUAGUCAGUUUUUUCAUUGCUUAUUGAGAAUAAUUGUUCAUGAAAAUAGUUGAUGCUGUGUUAUAUAUAAAUUUUCUAAUAAAAGUCUCAAUAACCUAA